AUGUAAGAAGAAUUGAGAUUAAAUUACUAGGAUCAAUUUUCUGAUUGUUCUGAUGAGGAUGAGGAUGUGGAAGACUGUAGGAAUUAUGCAAUUGGUUGUUUUCAUCCUGUGUUUGUUGGAGAAGUGUUUCAUGGGAGAUAUGUUGCAAUUCAGAAGCUCGAAUUUGGUCACCUUUCGAAUAUAUGGUUGGCCAAAGAUUUUAAGACGAAUAACUUUGUUGCUCUUAAAUUUCAAAGGAGUGCUCCUAGAUUUCAAGAGGCUGUAUUAUUAAGAAAAUAAAUAGGCAUUAAAUGAAAUUGAGAUACUUCAGACUAUUCACAAAAAAUCAAAAUUUAUCAAUAUAGUUUAAUUAUUGCAUGUCUUUUUACACAAAGGUCCGUUUGGACAACAUUAUGUUUUGGUGUUUGAAAUGUUGGGUGUGAAUCUAUUAAGAAUAUCUCAUUCUACAGAAGAUAGGGGAUUGAAUUUUGAUCAAUGCAAAUCCAUUAUCAAACAGAUUCUCUUAGCUUUGGACUUUUUGCAUCGAGAAUGUGGCAUCAUCCAUGCUGAUUUGAAACCAGAAAACAUUCGAGUUUGUUUAACCAAUGAGCAAGUCAAAGAGUUGGUUGAUAAGGGACAGAUCACUUAACGACAACAAUUCUAAGACAAUAUUAAACAUUAUCAAAAGCAAUCCUCAUCAGACAAGAAGAAGGAAAAAAGAAAGAGGUAGAAAGAGAAGAAAAAACUAUAAUGCAUAAAGUAGAAAUUGUAAUGGAUGGUGGGCUUGGACAAAAGGUAGAAUACUUUAGAUAAAUGUAGAAUAUUUUAAGUAAAGAUUGUGGACUUUAGUAAAGCUUGUUGGAUUAAUCAUCACAGAAAUGAGAAGAUCCAAACUUUGUAAUACAGAGCUCCUGAAGUAAUCAUGGGACAAUUCUAUACGACUUCUGCUGAUAUUUGGAGUUUGGCUUGUAUUGCAUUUGAAUUGAUCACUGGAGACAGUUUAUUUGAAAUUGAAAAUGAUGAUGAAUUAACUCAUUUAGCUUAUAUCUAAUAAGUUUUAGGUUCCUACCCUAUUGAAUUUACUUGUGUUGGAAAACAUUGCAAAAAGUACUUUUCACAUAAUGGAGUGUUGAGACACUUCAAGGUGAGUGAAUACUAUACUUUGGAAUAAAUCUUAGUUUAGAAGUAAGAAUAUUGAAAAUAAAGAGAUACUAGAUAAAUAAAGUAGAAGCAAAUCAAUUUGCAGAUUUUUUAUUACCUAUGUUGAAUGUAAUACCUUAUAAAAGAGCUACAGCUUCAUAAAUGCUGAAACAUCCUUGGAUAAGUAAAUAAUAGUUUAAAUUUUAAUAUUUUGUCGAAUAGUCAUUUGUAGAUGAUGAACAUGAAAUUGAUGAAGAAGACUUAUUUAGUAAUCACCAUCUUUAAUGA